ACAACUGCACAUUUGGCUCUGAAUUUCUAAUCACUGGAUUCAACAAACUGGAUGGCUUAAAAAUUCCACUUUUUAUUCUAUUUCUGACCCUCUAUCUAGCAGCUUGCAUAGAAAAUAUUCUUAUUAUCAUGCUAGUUACAACAAGUACACAUCUGCAAACCCCUAUGUAUUUCAUACUCUGCAGCCUGUCUUGCUGUGAAUUGAUGUACAUCACAACUAUGGUUCCAAAAAUGUUAUACGACAUCUUAUCAGAAAGAGCAACAAUUUCAUUUAUUGGUUGUUUAACACAGUUGCAAUUGUAUGGAACAAUAGGAAACACAAUGUCUUACCAUUAUUCUCUGAUGUCCUAUGACAGGUAUAUUGCUAUUUCUAACCCACUGCAAUAUUCUUCAGUAAUCAACAACAGGUUUUGUCUUUGUUUCAUAAUUGGCUUCUGGAUAAUUUCAUUUGCUUCAUUAAUCAAUGUGCCUGCCUUCAUUAGUCAUCUAACAUUUUGUGAUCCAAAUAUAAUUGAUCAUUUCCAUUGUGAUUUAUUCCCACUGAUUGAACUCUCUUACUCUGACACAACACUUCUCCUAAUAAUCAUUGCAGCACAGAGCAGCUUUAUAACAAUGUUACCUUUACUAUUUGUUUUUUCAACUUAUACAUUUAUAAUGUAUACAAUUCUCAAAAUCCCAUCAACCACCGGGAGAAAGAAAGCUUUCUCUACUUGCAGCUCUCACCUCAUUGUCAUUGCCAUUAACUAUGGAUUAAUUGUUAGUGUUUAUGUGCUGCCAAAGAGGGUAACUUCACUAGCUGUUACCAAAGGUUUGUCUUUUUUGUACUUUUUGGUUAUACCAUUACUAACCCCUAUGAUAUACACAUUGAGAAAUAAGGAUAUACAUAAAGCGCUAACCCGGAAA